ACACUGUCUAAAGUGUACUCUACAAAAUGUGUGUGUGUGUGUGUAUGUGUGUAGUUUUCAAAAUGUCUCGAAGGAAGUUCAAGCCUUGCCCCUCCUGCCAAGCACUUAACCAGGUGAGCCUCAAAACCUGCAGCUCUUGUUUUGCAGCCAUCACCCAAAAAAAUAAAGUAGCAGCCAAAAAAGUGACCCUGGACAGGAAGUGGGGGGAAAGGGUCCUAAUAAAUAGAAAUGCUGGAAGAGUGGUGGACUCUGCCCAUAUUGCAGUGAAAAAACUAAGUGCAUUGGGGUAUGUCCCAAUUCUAUUUUUCGCCAAGAAAGAUAAGGCCUCUGGAAAGUGGGUGGCUGAUGUUGUGACCCAUCUGACACCCACUGAGGAUAACCUAAAAAUUGUGGCCACCAUGAGAAAGGCCUACAAUUUUUUAUUGAUCAAAGAAGGGAACUCCACAACGACAUUGCCAGAGCCCCAGCAUCAGACUCAACCCGAGCCCCAGGAUCAGGCUCAACCCGAGCCCCAGCAUCAGGCCCAGCCCGAGCCCCAGCAUCAGGCCCAGCUCAAGCACCAGCAUCAGGCCCAGCAUCAGGCUCACAAGCACCAGCAUCAGGCCCAGCAUCAGGCUCAGCCCAAGCCCCAGCAUCAGGCCCAGCCCCAGCAUCAGGUCCAGCCCAAGCCCCAGCAUCAGGUCCAGCCCAAGCACCAGCAUCAGGCUCAGCCCAAGCCCCAGCAUCAGGUCCAGCCCAAGCACCAGCAUCAGGCUCAGCCCAAGCCCCAGCAUCAGGUCCAGCCCAAGCACCAGCAUCAGGCUCAGCCCGAGCCCCAGCAUCAGGUCCAGCCCGAGCCCCAGCAUCAGGUCCAGCCCAAGCACCAGCAUCAGGCUCAGCCCGAGCCCCAGCAUCAGGUCCAGCCCAAGCACCAGCAUCAGGCUCAGCCCGAGCCCCAGCAUCAGGUCCAGCCCAAGCACCAGCAUCAGGCUCAGCCCGAGCCACAGCCUCAGUUCUUGGCCCUGGCUGAGUCCCAGUCUCAGGCCCAGGAAAAUGAGACCUUUUAUCUUUUAGAUUUAUACCCUGUCUCUCCCCCACCCCCAACAAAAAAAAAGAAAGUGUAAGUGAACUGUGGUCUUCAGUAGUAGCUCCUCACUGCAGAACACAAGAUCCAAGGGGCGUGGUUGGAUCCACAUCUAGGGGGUGGAGUUUGAUAGGUUUAGGGGUGGAGCUCUGGCAGA